GUGGUUGUUUAUGCGAAGUGCAUUAAAUGUAUGAAUAAAUUUCACCCUGCGUGCCUGACACUGUCCGCGAACAAGAAAUCUGCGGUUUGUGUACAUGUUGCAUCGGGAAAUAUGGACGAAAUUUCUUCAGAAAGUGAUACGAAUAUCGAGCUGGAAAUCCUGAGAGUGAGAAAUGAAUUUCUGGAAAAACUUCUGGCCGAGGUACAAAGUAAAAAUCUAAUUCUGAUUGAAAAUAAUGCACUGUUGAACGAAAAAAUUAAGGUUAUGGAAGAAAGAACGAAAGAUUGUGGGGAAGCAAAAAAAAAAGCUGAAACACUUGUAACAAAACAUGGAUCGCACACAAAAAAACUUCCUUCUGAUCGUGAUGAAAAAUCAACAACGUCGACAUAUAGUUCUGUGGUUGAGGGAGCUGUCAUAAAUAGAUCUGACCUAACCUACAAUUCCGAUGUGAAAGAAGGUGCGAAAAAUAAACAAAUUUCAUCUUCAGACUCACAAUCAAAUAAUUCUCAAACAACUGAAUGGACGGAAGUCAAAAAACGUAAAGGCAGGAAAUCUCAAGGACCAAGGGGGAUCAUUUGUGAUGGUGCUAGAUCAUAUGGGGCUGCCUUUGCCGGGGUUGCCCGCAAGAGGUGGAUUUAUGUUGGAAGGUUUAAAUACAAGGACCAUUGAAGUUAAGAAGUUGGAAACGAAGGGAAAUAAUUCCUCAUUUACAGUAGGUGUUGAAAAUGAAGAACAAUAUAGGGCAGUCAUGGAAAAGAGUUUUUGGCCCGAUGGAGUCUUAAUCAGAGACUUCAACUUUCGAAACUUUUUUCGGAAAAGAAUCAAUGGAACAAACACUAUUUAAUCCGACAACGAAUAAAGUCUUUUCAUCAAAAGGUAUUAAAAUAUUUCAUAUUAAUAUACAAUGCUUGAAUACAGCUUAUAAUGGACUUCUUAACUUCGUCAAUGAAAAUGAACCGGACUUCUUCGCAAUAACGGAACACUGGCAGAGCAGAGAACAACUUGAGAACUUCUGUAUCGCAGGCUAUAAGAUUGCGGCCAGUCACUGCAGAGAGGAAGGAAAACAUGGUGGAAUUGCGAUUUAUUCUAGAAUAGGAUAUAAGUGUAAGGAUAAGUUAGACAUUGCAAGGUUCACUGUUCUGGGUAUUAUUGAAUGUUGUGCGAUUGAAUGCUACAUAAAAGAUAACCUUAAACUGGUUCUUAUAUGUGUCUAUAGACCAAACACAGCACCUCUUGCUGAUCCUGACAUCUUUUUUGAAAAACUCCAUGAACUUUUGAUAUUGAUUAAUGCCGCUAAGAGUGAUAUACUUGUUCUCACUGGUGAUUUUAACUUUGAUUUUCUCAAGCUACAUAAUAAGAACACCAACAUCAUGUUGACAAUAACUGAAAGUUUUAAUUUGAAAAUGUUAGUUAAGGAACCGACUAGAGGAACUGCCUGUCUUGAUAAUGUUUUUGCUGAUGUUGAUGGCUGUAAUGUUGAGGUUGUCCAGCCACAUCUAUCUGAUCAUUCUGCACAGAUAGUGUCUUUUGAUAUAAAAGGCAGUUACCAUAGAAAUGCAAGUAAGAGGGUUAUCAGGAAGUUUAAUGAUGUAAAUUUGAAUGAUUUUGUUGAUGAGUUGUC